CGCCUCCCCAGCCCGCGGGUAGUGAUAUAGGUCGCCCGUUUGCAAGGGUAUUUAUUAUUGGCAGAUGUGACCAUAGGCACUGACCACUGACCACUGACCAGAGGGGUGCCGCAGAGAAGAAGAAAAGGGGACUGAUGGACCUGAUGGACCGGCCCCAUACCCGGCGACUGGUCUAACAUAACUAGGCUUGCUAGGUGCUCGCAGUACAUACGGUCAAGGUGCAGCAACGGCAAGUUCCCCUCCCAAAUAGCGGGUCCAGGUCUGUUUACACGUGCGGCGAUUGGGUGCGGCUCGAAAUCCAGGUGGUUGAACGGGCGGCGAUUGACGUGUGUUGACCUGGCGCUGAGUGGUCGCGCAGGCCCUGCAGAGGGGGGAACACCCGGUGCAAUUGGGCGGCAUAUCAACCGUAGAAUGCAGAGUUCGGUCGAGAGGCCAAUGGAUGCUGCCUGUCUCUGGCCAGGGGCCUGGUGCGCCUUACCGUACCUGCCACGCCUGCUCCUGCUACCAGGCAGAGAAAGAGGGAGAGGGAGAGGGAGAGGCGCGUGUCGAGACUGUGAUGUGCCUGCUAUGCCCGCUGCUGUGUGCUGGGCUAGGUUGGGCUGGGGCGUGUUUAAUCCCCGAGGCCACGCACUCUACCUUCUUGUCUCGUCCGGCCCUCCACUACGGUGCACAAGGCCAGCUGGAUACGGUUCCGUUGACAUGGUUGCGAGCUGAUAAAUCUCCCCAGAGCCCUGUCCAAGACUCCAGGCCUCCUCUCACACAAAUCCAGAACCCUCCCAUAUUCUUUGCUCUGGCCUGUCCUCGAUUGUUCCUGCCUUUGGUCCUGCCCUCGUCUGUCUCCAGUCUUUCCCUCCAGCCUCGUCUCUGCCAACCUACAGAAACCACCUCGACGACGACGGCUCCUCCUCACCCUUGUCCUCGAUCAACCGAGUCCCUUGGUACUUGCAUAAUAGCUCUGCUGGUUUUGACAGGUUGACCGCCCGGCGAGGCAGAAGAAGAGGAGCAGGUAAACAGGACUCCCCUCAACGUUGAUUGCGCCCUGCUUGGCCUCGAUAGAGUUUAUACGGCGACCGUCCUCCGUACAACCCGGAUCUUGCCAAUCCCACACCGCCCAAGACAACGCCCAAAACGCGCACAAGCCCAGAUAAAUACUGCGCGUUGCAAACAGCUGCUUUGUUCCGCCACAUCUCAACAUUGAACGUUACAUAUCCGAGCGAGUGUACGGAGCAUCCGGCAGAAUCGACUGGAGCUGCUGCUACUCCACAGCAAACCCACCACCAUCUGAAGCAGCGGCCGACAAGGGGACCAGAGGCAGAAUAAAAAAGGAACGCCCCACGUUUGUUCACAUCCCGCACCCGUUAUCACUUUAUGCAACAGUCGGAGCUCCAGGCCAACCCAGCUUGACCCUGCAAAUCGCAUUUGCGUGCAUAGUCCUGCGUCUGUGUGGCUGCGGCAGGACAGGAAGACUGUACCGAGUAAAGGACAGGCGACCCCAAUCCAGAACUUUUUUCCCCCCCAGCGCCGCUUUGCUAGCUGCACUAGUACUGUCCCAGUACUCAGGACCAAGAGUCAGCCAGAGGGAAAAAAAGUCAUAGAGCCCGGCUUAUCUCACCUAGCCCGCUUUAUUUCAAAUGAAGUUCUUCGGGAAGAAGUCUACCAAGAAGCCCCACCCCAACGACCACGACGACUACGUCUUGGACGCAGACUACUUUCAUUCCGAACCAUCCUCGCCCACAAAGUCACCGUCCAAGUCUGCAUCGUCGUCGCCCACCAAGAGGUCAGCCCGACCCGCUUCGCCGGCGACGCCAACUAGUCCCUCGGGCGAGGCCAAACACCGUUCCAACGGCUCCCGGCACUUUUCUAGAGCUUCGUCCGACCUCGGCAAAUCAUCUUCUCGAAAGAAGAAGGCCGACCUUGACACGCAUCCUCUCAACCUCCCACCCGACGAGAUUAGGAGGCUCUCGAGGCUGUCAGCCAUGAGUGCACGCGAGUCGGUCGACAGGAUGGACAUUGAUCCUCCCAGCAGUGCCCCGACCCCGUCGUCUCCUCCACGACAAGAAUCGCCGCCUGCUGCCGACAAGACUGCCGAGGAGACUACUCCUCCUGCCACAAAUGGGUCAUCUUCUCCCAAGACGGAGGAUGCUCCUCCUCCGCCCCCGCACACGAGUGAUCCCAACAGCCCCCCGCCGACCCCCGCAGACGAGGCUGAGGUGUUCAAGAACCUGGGAAAUAAGUUCUUCAAGGAACGAAACUACAGGCGGGCCAUUGAGGAGUACUCCAAAGCCGUCGAACUGCAACCGGACUCGGCCACGUACUUGGGCAACCGGGCUGCCGCGUACAUGGCCGAUGGCAAGUUUGAAUCUGCUCUUGAUGACUGCAAGCGGGCCGUCGACCUGGACUCCAACAAUCCCAAGAUCUUGCUCCGCCUGGCCCGAAUCUACACCAAUCUGGGACAACCGGACGAGGCAAUGGUUACGUUCCAGCGCAUCCGGCCACCACCCUCUGCCAAGGACAUGGCACAGGCAAAGGAGAUGCUGCAGUACAUCAAAUCCGCGCAGCAGGGGCUAGAAGAGGGCCGGGGCCCCUCCCUGGUGCUGCAUGCUCUUGAUAUGGCCGAGAGGCUGCUCGGAUCCGGGGCCCGGAAGCCGCGCAAGUGGCAGCUGAUGCGAGGAGAGGCUUAUCUCAAGAUGGGCGGGGUUAACUCGCUCGGCGAAGCCCAGAAUGUUGCCACCAACCUGCUGAGGAACAACAGCCAGGAUCCCGAGGCCCUGGUCCUGAGAGCCCGCGGGCUCUACGGGCAAGGCGAGAACGAGAAGGCCAUCAAGGUCUUGCAAAUGGCCAUCAGCUGUGACCCUGAUUUCCGGGAUGCCAUCAAGUGGCUCAAGAUCAUCAGGAAUCUGCACAAGACCAAGGAGGAUGGCAAUGCGGCAUACAAGGCCCGUCAAUGGCAGGCUGCGAUCGACAAGUAUACCGUGGCUCUGGACGUGGACCCUGCAAACAAGUCGACAAACGCCAAGAUCCUGCAGAACCGCGCGCUCUGCUACCAACAGCUCAAACAGUACGACGAGGCAAUCGCAGACUGCGACAAGGCCCUGAGCCUGGACCCCAGCUAUACCAAGGCCCGUAAGACCAAGGCAAAUGCUCUUGGCGGCGCCGAGAAGUGGGAGGACGCGGUGCGGGAGUGGAAGGCGCUCGCGGAGGCUGACCCAUCAGACGCUUCGAUUCAAAGGGAGGCCCGAAAGGCCGAGAUCGAGCUCAAGAAGAGCCAGCGAAAGGAUCACUACAAGAUCUUGGGCGUGCCAAAGGAUGCUGACGACAACCAAAUCAAGAGGGCUUACCGGAAGCUGGCCAUCCAGUACCACCCCGACAAGAACCCCGGUAACGCAGAGGCCGAGGCGAAGUUCAAGGAUAUCAGCGAAGCAUAUGAGACCUUGAGCGAUCCUCAAAAGCGAGCCCGGUACGACGCUGGCGACGACCUGGACAUGUCCGACAUGUUCGGCGGCGGUGGCGGCGGCGGCAUGGGCAUCGACCCUGACAUCCUCUUCAGCAUGAUGGGCCAACAAGGUGGCUUCGGUGGCGGCGGUGGAGGUUUUGGUGGCGGCGGCGGAUUCCCUGGAGGCGGCGGCUUCCCUUUCGCCAACGGUGGCGGCGGCCGGGCGCGUGGGUUCCCCGGCGGGUUCCAGUUCUCCUGACAAUCGGACGAGGAAGACGACGACACCGACGAGUGCUUAAGCACCGGAGACUGCUCCGAGCACGACGACGACACGCAGGCAGGACAGGGUGGUAGGGAUGAAAAGGCACCGUGGUGGCAGGCAGAGGCCGAGGCCUCGGCUGCUGCACAUGACAAGCGGCUGGAACGGAUGCGGCAGAUUGGUGUCGUGUUCCUUGCGGCCAUCGUUCUUCUUCCUCUGCAGGUUGUGGGGCUGCUGGUGGUAGUCGCGGGCAUAUUUUACAUGUGCAUUGUUGCGACGGGGGCUCUCACAUGACGAUAGAGAUUUUCAAGUCCAGGACAUUCUGCCGGACAAUCUGAGCAUCGUGGGUCGCAAUCUGGGAUAGAUGGCAUUUGCUAAUUCUACGUGUGCAUCGUUCACGGUGCUCGGGCGUUGGAAAAGGAAGGGUUGGACUGAUGGAUCAAAGGCCAUGCCAUGCCUUGAUCCAUAAAGCUCAUCUAAUCAUGAACUUGUUUUACUAUUGUGUGCACGGAUGGCUAUAUACAGAUAGACAAGGUACCCCUCGCUGAGCUCAAUGCCAAAAGUUGUUCAAAAA